GGUGUGGCCUAUCAAACAAAACACGUUGCCACUGGUAUUGCUGCUAUGUUGCUCAACCAAGCUGUUGAGGAUGAGUGGAGAAAGAAGGGCGAUAAGUUAAGUCGUGCUGAUGCAGAAUCCGUUCUUCGUAAAGCUCUUGAACUUACUGUCUAUCAUGACUGUUGUGCGGAUAAUGACUUCGAAUUGGGAGUUGUGGACGCUGAUGAAGGAGUCAUUCAAGGCAGAGAGGAGACCAUCAUUGGAGACUGGAGCAUUGCGGAAACCAACUGUCAGUACGAGUAA